AUGAUAGCAUAUACAUAUUCAGCACUUCCACCAGGGUCGUUCACUCGCAUGAUCCGUCUCUUGCCACAAAGAGAAAGAAAUGCCCCCAUCGAGUGCAUACUUAUCAACUACGAUCUUUCAGUGUCAGAAAGCCGAAACCAUCUUUACGAGGCACUUUCCUAUACGUGGGGUAGCAAUGAUAAGCCGCAAGCAGUUCUGAUUGGUGGAAGUCUUCUGCCUGUGACUGAGAAUCUUCACACUGCAUUGUCGUACCUUCGGGACCACCAAUUGGAGAGAACAUUGUGGGUUGAUGCGAUCUGCAUCAACCAAGAAGACGAAGAUGAGAAGAAUACACAUAUUCCGCUUAUGAGAGCCAUCUACGCACAGGCCGAUCGAGUCAUUGUCUGGCUUGGGGAGCCAGACCAUGCUGGCCCCAAUGCACUUGACACGAUCCAUCAACUCGCAGAGAACAAAGUGUUGCUUUAUGCAGGUACCGAAAGCGUUGAUUUGUCAGAAGCGGAUCAUGUGGCCUGUAUGAGACUGCUAAGACAUGAUUGGUUUCGCCGUAUCUGGGUGCUACAAGAAGUUGGUGUUGCUCGAUCAAUUAUGUUUCGGUGUGGCCUAGUUCAGGUCAACGGCUAUUCGUUCUGUGAAGGCCUUAGCAGACUAAAGCUGUCACUACUACCAGACCACGUGCUCACAGUCAUCCCUCUUGUCCGAAGUUCAAUUAUUCGGCCACGCAACUCACGAAAACUGCCAGGUAAUCUCCCUUUAGGAGAGCUGAUCGACAUGUAUCAUACCCACUUCGCAACAGUUCCACACGACAAGAUAUAUGCGUUGCUAGGGUUGUGCUCGGAUGAUCUUAAAACACCCUGCUUAAGACCAAACUAUCGGCUUGCAUUCAGUGCUGUUGUUAAGCAGAUCGUAAACUAUAUCUUCAUGGGAAAUCAUACUGUGGCAGUUCUGCCUGACACUAACAUAGCUGUGAUCAAAGGCAAAGGGUGGAUUUUGGGCCAUAUCGUGUCAGUCGAAAGAAGCACACCCCUUCAUGACUACCAGACUAUUGGUAUUGGCUUCCAUGAGAAUGCCUUGGGGAUGUUCUUUGAAACUCAGUGGGGAAAUAAAUGGGUAAUUCACGCUUCAGCAACAUUAAUUCAGGUCUAUGAUAUUGUGUGCUUCUUGCAUAAUGCUCCAAAGCCAACAAUCAUUAGACUGGGGAAAGGGAAAAUCAGUGUUGUCGUGAGUAUGGCAACACCAGACAUGGUCAAAAAGAAAACCGGAUACGAAUCCUUUCGUCGACACUCCAAGACGAAGAUAUCAGACCUACGGAAGCAAUUCCAACUCAUAUAUGCGCCACCUAUUGACCUUUUCUUCACUUGGGACAUCAGUCCACCUGCCAGAGAGAGCAGGAGUGAAUUAACUAGUCUGAAAGUGCCAACCUCUACUACUUCUAGCAGCCUAGGACAGACAUUGGAGGGAAAAGAGCAGGAAUACGGAUGUCUGAAACUCAUUUUAGAAGACAUUAUUGUGAAUAUACUGAAAUCUGAUGACUUUGAAGCGCAGUUCGAACCGAUGAAGCGACUUUUGUGUCAGACUCAGGUCCAAAUACCGGUCAGUGAAAGAGUGCUCGAGGCAGCAGCAGCACGUUAUGACAUCGCAUAUAAACUCCUAAAGAUUCUUCUUGACGACCAACGGAAGAGAGCAUCAAUAAUAGAAAUUUCAGUCAGAAAUGCAACAAGCAUCUAUGAGCUCAUGGGUAUUCUUUUUCUCCGCACGGCCGAUUCUUACAUCACUGAACGGGUGAUCGAUGAAACAAGUCAAAAUCCACAAGGAAAUUCGAUUAUCAAACUUUUUUACCAGUAUCAAAAGAGCCUUCCAGUCUCUGAACAUGCAGUCGAGAAUGCAGUGAAACAUACCUUUGGACUUGAUAUUAUUUUACUGUUUUACUACUACCAUCAGAACAGCCUUCCAAUCUCUGAACGUGCAGUUCAAAAUGCAGUAGAACACAUUGAUGGACUUGAUAUCCUUCGUCUGUUCUACCAACAUCAAACGUGUCUACCAAUCUCUGAACAUGCAGUCCAAAAUGUAGUGGAACAUGUCAAAGGACUUGAUAUCCUUUGUCUGUUCUACCAACACCAAGACAAUCUACCUAUCUCUGAACAUGCAGUCCAAAAUGUAGUGGGACAUGUUAAAGGACUUGAUAUCCUUCGUUUGUUCUACCAACAUCAAACGUGUCUACCCAUCUCUGAAGAGGCAGUUGAAACUGCAGUGCACUAUCCUAACGGGAUUGAGAUCCUUCGUCUGUUUUACCAACACCAAGACAAUCUACCAAUCUCUGAGGAGGCUGUUGAAACCGCAGUGCACUAUCCUGAUGGAAUUGAGAUCCUUCGUCUAUUUUACCAACAUCAAACGUGUCUACCCAUCUCUGAAGAGGCAGUUGAAACUGCAGUGCACUAUCCUGAUGGGAUUGAGAUCCUUCGUCUGUUUUAUCAACACCAACACAACCUACCAAUCUCUGAAGAGGUCAUCGAAGCUGCAGUCAAGUACAACGAUCGACUUGAGAUCCUUCGUCUGUUUUACCAACACCAAGACACUCUACCAUUCUCUGAAGAUCUGUUGAAUGCGGUAGUACAACUCCCCGACGGAACCGAACUUUUGCAGUUUUUGUUCAAGCAACAAAGCUGUCCACCCAUCUCUGCAAGUACAAUCCAAAACGCAAUCUUAUCACCACAUGCACUUAAAAAAGUACAUCUUCUACAGCAGUACUAUCAAGAGAGAUUCCCGAUUUCUGAGGCGGUGGUCACUGCAGUAAUGAACCAUACUGACGGACCAAAUUCUGUGAGGCAGCGCUACCAGCAAGACAAAGGCUUACCGAUUUCUAAGGAAACGGUUAGUACAGCUAUUAUGGAUUCAAAUUGCUUCGAAAAUUUAAAUUUUCUUUACAAAUUGCAGAAGAGCCUCCCGAUCAAUAAAGCGGCGGUAGAGUUCAUAGUAAUGGAGCUCUUGGAACCUGGAGAUGAAGGAUCACGUUUGCGGGAUUUGACGGGCGACAACACGGAGUAUGAAUAUCGUAGGAAGUGUCUAAAGCUUAUCUAUCAGCAUCAAAGUGAUGUGGUUCUUAGGGCGGCAAAGGACUCCAUAGUCAAGGAUAAAAUUAUACACAUGCUGCGCGAAUUUGACGAGCAAGAAAAUGAGUGA